GGAGGGUGGGCGGCUCGGUUGCGUCAGCACGCCUACUGGCUCUCCUCCACGCCGCUGUCCCCUCCCCCGCCCCAGAACGUUGCUGUGGUAGCGCCUGGGCGCCAUGUUAGGAGGCCGGAGGGGAAGAAGCAGCGGCGGUAGCAGCGGCAGCCCCCACCAGGCCUAGCGAGCGGCUCCUUCCCCUUCCCCCCUCCCCGUGAGGACCAGAGCCGGGCCCGUAUCAUGCUCACGGCGCCCGCUCUCCAGGGGCGGGAAGAGUGACUGUUCCGCGGAAGAGGUGGCGGCGUUUAACCACAGCCGGAAAGACGAUGCCGUUUCCAGUUACAACCCAGGGAUCACAGCAGACGCAGCAACCACAGAAGCACUAUGGCAUUACCUCACCUAUCAGUUUAGCUGCCCCCAAGGAAAGUGACUGCGUGCUUACUCAGAAAUUAAUUGAAACCCUAAAACCUUUUGGUGUCUUCGAAGAGGAGGAAGAACUGCAACGCAGAAUUCUAAUUUUGGGAAAACUAAAUAACCUGGUCAAGGAAUGGAUACGGGAGAUCAGUGAAAUAAAGAAUCUUCCACAGUCUGUAAUAGAAAAUGUUGGAGGGAAAAUUUUUACAUUUGGAUCAUAUAGAUUAGGUGUGCACACAAAAGGUAAUGUGCUUAAUCUCUGUGUGUGCGAGAGAGAAUAUAUUUUAAACACCCAACAUCCGCAGGCGACAGAUUCUGUUUACGACAUAGUUCAGCUUGAUACCUCGUCCACCUUGGCAUUGCCCAUGUCCUCAGUACUACUGCAGGCAGCAAAAUCACCAUGGCUAAAACCUUCGUCUGCUCCUGUGUCCGCAAGGCGAUUAGAUCACAUGUACAGAGUCCAUGAGUCAGAUGCCGAAUUUCUCUUCUCUCACCCACAGCCUAACUCAAUGGUGAUAACAUCCUCCUCCAAAUCUAAAAGAACACAUUCUACUCCUUCGGAUAAGGAGG